AUGCAGCUGGUGGCGAAGGGGCUACGGCUCCUCGAGCGGUCUCGGGUCCUGCACCUUGCCGCGCUGGGGCUGCGCCCCCGGCCGCAGCGCCUGCCCAAGCCUCGCGACGGGCUUCUUCUCCAUACGUACAUUCCGCAGAUACGCAUUCUGGGGACGGACGCGCUUCGGAACGACCCGAUGGUGGUCCACCCGAUCGUGCUCGUCCAUCUCGUCGACGUCUCGACGGGUUGCUACCUCGUCAAGCUUGACCAACAGCGACCAGGUGUCCAUGCGUUAGAGCCCGUGACGAUGCUCCAGGGUGCGCUCAAGAAGCAUACGUUGUGCGAGUACAUUCUGCCGAUCGCGACGCAGCCGUGCGCCAUGUCGCCUACCGGCCAAGACAACCCAAAGUGGAACGAGCUGCUGCUCGUCAACGACGCCUACUCGCACUACCUUCGGCCCGAGACGCUCCUGCUCUUCGAGGUGGUCGACUUUACGCCACAGAUGAGUUUGCUUCCGGGCAAUGAUAGCUAUUACAAGGUCGCGUGGGGCUUUUGCCGACCCCAGAGUCCGCUUGGCAGCUACAACAUUCCUCUCGCGCCCGACGAGACGACGACCCAUCGCAUCCAGCUGUACGAGUACCAGCCAACGUCGUGGCUCAUCGACGCGCAGACCAAGCACAUGCGCCCGGACGCAACGCCGUACCCAUGCACGCUCCACGUGUCCUUUGGCAUGCAGCAAGAGCCGUCAUUGGUGCAAGUGGUGCACCGAGCCAUGUACGCACAUGAACAAGAAGUCGGCGAGCGCGAGGACGACGCCCCGCAGGAGCUCGACAAGCACAAUGCCAAGGCCAAAUCUCACGGGCCUCUAUCCAUUGCGAGCGUGCGCGACUCGUUCUCGAUGAGCGCCGAGCACCUCAUGGCCUUUCCCAGCGUGCACUGCAAGCGAUACCCGAGCGAGCUCUGUCUUGUGCCAGAACGCAUCUUGCACCGACUGCACAGCGGCGACGGUGGCUGCCAAUCGGUCGCGUUCUCGCAUGCCGGCGCCUACCUCGCCGCCGCCUGCUGCGACCGGCACGGCGAGUACCCGAUUCGGCUCUAUCACAUCGACACUGGCGUCCAGGAAGCGGUGCUACUGGGUCACCAGGCGUUGGUCUAUGCCGUCACGUGGUCACUGGACGACGAGCAUCUCCUCAGCGCGUCCUCGGACGGUAGUGCCAAGUACUGGCAGGUGGCUCCGCCAGCACUGCUGCACUCGUUUUACCACCCACUGCCCAACUUUGUCUACUGCGUCGAGUGGUGCUCCAACAACCUUGGCGCGACGGGAGCGCUCGACGGAAUUGUUCGUCUCUGGGACCUCGGGUUUGAAGCGCGGCAAGGGCGACCGGUCGCCAAUCUGCACCCAGCCCACACCGUCCGCGUCAACGCGUUGCGUUUCGAGCCCAAGUCCCAGCGUCUCUUCUCGGGGGACGCUGCGGGCAUCAUUUGUGUGUGGCAACCCAAAGGCACAUCGUUUGAGCUCAUCAAGACACUCAAGCACCAUGAUUUACUUGGCAAAUGCAUCACGAGCUUUCAGCUGCAUCCCAAGCGCAGCCAGCUCCUCGUGCAAGCACAGCCGAAUACGCUGCUGCAGUUUGAGUUGCGGUCGUACUUGGUCUUGAACAAAGGGUACAGCGGGUUGACGGUUACAUCGGCCAUGGUCAAGAGCGCGUUUAGUCCCGACGGCCGCUUUGUCGCGAGCGGCUCGGAAGACGGCGCAGUGUACCUCUACUCGAGCUUGAACGGACGGCGCAUCCCGAGCUCGAUGUGGGGUGGCAUCUUUUAUGGCGACCCUCUCUGCGACGUGACAUGGUCGUCCAGCGCCCAUAUCGCCGCCCUGUGCUCUCUGGGAAGUGGCAACCCCAUCAUUGUGCUUGGCGCACGCCGGGACGACCUUCCGGCCAAAGGCAGCGCCAUGGCGGACGAAGAGAAAGACGAUAUGCAGCACCUCCAGCGGCGCCAGAAACGCCUUGCCGAGCAUGUGGCGACGCUGCUGGCGCAGGACGGGCGACAGCCAAUCGCGCCCGCAAAGGCCUAGCUCACGUUUUACACGCUCGCUCGAUAUGUUCGUGAUUGGAUCCAGUGCAUAGUGCUUCUGCAUUAUUUUGGCAGACGAAAGGGUUCCAUCCCUAGCCCUUGCAUAUCAAACCAAUUUCCAGCUCCAACAAUUUGUAGCAUCAAGUACGUGGCAACGAUGGGCUACAGGG